UUGCAAGUUGAACACGCGGGCGCUAACAUGAAAAUUUUACUCCUUCUGCUCUUCAUACAAACGGCCUGGGCUGCGCCAGCUGCUCGCUUGGAAACAGAUCCUGAGCUUACAGCUGGCUACUAUGAGGGUGACAUGCUAAUGGACUCACAACAACGUAAUGGAGUACGUAAUGAAAGUCUUCGCUGGCCCGAUCGCGUAGUGCUCUAUCACAUCAACAGCAACAUAGAUGCGGCGCAUCGCAAUCACAUACUGCUGGGCCUGCAAAUCCUUGAGCUGAACUCCUGUCUGCGCUUCAAGGCCGCCGACAUUAGCCGCGAUACUUACUAUGUAAACGUUACCUCCGAGGAUGGCGGCUGCUUUAGCUACGUCGGCUUUCGUGAUCAAGUGCAGCAACUGAAUCUGCAGUAUUAUCCGCUGGAUACGGGCUGCUAUCGUCUGGGCACAAUUGUGCACGAGUUUCUGCAUGCCUUGGGCUUCUAUCAUCAGCACAGCUCCUCGGAUCGCGAUGAUUAUGUGCGCAUUGCUAAGGAGUAUAUACUGGACGGCAAGGAGAGCAAUUUCAACAAGUACAACGAAACGGUUGUGGAUGAAUACGAUCAGAUCUACGACUACGGCAGCGUCAUGCAGUAUACGGCUUAUGCCUUUUCCAAGAAUGGCGAAAUGACCAUAGUGCCGUUGAAAGAGGGCGCCGAGCAGCAGAUGGGCCAGCGUCUGCAGAUGAGUCAGUCGGAUAUUAAGAAACUAAAUGUCAUGUACAAGUGUCCACAGCGCGUCUGAUGUGCCUCGGCACGUGUAAGCUUGUAAUGUAAAGCGAAAAGGUUAUAAAUUAAAUAAUAUAUGAGUCAAAGCGAUAA